AUGCAGGUGUCCAUCGCAUGUAACAUGGGGGGCGGGUCCAGAGACUGCGGAGGGGGCGGAGCCAUAGGAGAUUACGCACUAAAGGAGCGUCGAGCGGCGGCUAAUGCGGCUAAUGCUAACACCCGAACAAGGGUGGAGCCAUUCAGGCCACUGGGACACGCCCACAUGAAUGAGGCACCUGGUCACCAUAGCGACAUGAUGUACAGGACGCUGGGUAAAUCCGGGCUGCGUGUGUCCUGUCUGGGUCUGGGGGCGUGUGAGACCUUUGGCUCUCAGAUCUCAGACCAGGAGGCGGAGCAAGUGCUGACUCUGGCCUAUGAGAGCGGAGUGAAUCUGUUCGACACCACAGAGGUGUACGCGAGAGGACGAGCAGAGAGCACUCUGGGGUCCAUCCUGAAGAAGAAGUCCUGGAGCCGUUCCAGUUAUGUGGUCACCAUCAAGAUCUACUGGGGUGGAGUUGCAGAGACGGAGAGAGGUCUGUCGCGCAAACACAUUGUGGAAGGACUCAGGAGCGCCCUCCGCAGGCUACAGCUGGAUUACGUUGACAUUGUGUUUGCGAAUCGCAGCGAUGUCAGUGGUCCAAUAGAAGAGGUGGUCAGAACCAUGUCGUUCCUCAUUGAUCAGGGUUUGUCCAUGUACUGGGGAACGUCCCGCUGGAGUCCCGUUGAGAUCAUGGAGGCAUACUCUGUGGCUCGUCAGUUGAACCUUGUGGCUCCUGUUUGUGAACAGACUGAAUAUCACUAUUUCUACAGAGACAAAGUGGAGCUGCAGCUGCCCCAACUCUACCACCAGAUAGGCGUGGGAGCGGUCACAUGGGUACCUCUCAUCACCAGGAAACACCUGGAGGACCCCAGUGUGAAGGAGCCUGUCUGCGCUGAGGCCCAGAAACAACUGUCUAAGAUCAGAGACCUCCAACAUGUGGCCCAACGACUGAACUGCACUCCUGCUCAGCUGGCCAUUGCUUGGUGUCUGCGCAGUGGGGGCGUGGCCUCUGUGCUGAUGGGCGUGGCCAACACUGAACAGCUGCGGGAGAACCUGCUGUCAAUCAGGGUACAUGGCUCCUCCCCUUUUCUAUCAGACAUGCGGACACCCCCCUACACCCCUCCACAGAUUUGA